CCAGCUAUCCCUCCUCUCCCUCCUCUAUUUCUCCCUCUUUCUCUCCUUCUUCUCUGUCUCCCCCCUUGUCUGCAAAGUCCUCCGCUGCUCGGAACUUGUUGGCAAUGCCUAUUUUUCAGCUUUCCCCCACGUUCUCCAAAGUAACUAUUUAAAGAUCUGCAGCCGCAAAUGGUUUUACUAAAUGUAGGAUGGGACUUAAGUUGAACGGCAGAUAUAUUUCUCUGAUCCUUGCUGUACAGAUAGCGCACCUGGUGCAGGCGGUGAGAGCGGCGGGGCGGUGCGAUGCGGUCUUUAGGGGCUUCUCGGACUGUUUGCUGCGGCUGGGCGAUAACAUGGCCAACUACCCGCAGGACCUGGACGACAAGAGAAACCUCCAAACGAUCUGCGCGUACUGGGAUGAUUUCCACGCCUGCACCCUCACAGCUCUCACCGAUUGCCAGGAAGGAGCGACAGACCUUUGGGAGAAAUUGAGACGGGAGUCCAAAAACCUCGACUUCCAAGGCAGCUUAUUUGAACUGUGCGGAGGCAGCCCCGGCUCGGCAGCGUCUCUCCUCCCGCCGGCUUUGCCCGUGUUCCUGGCGGCUCUGUGGGCCGCGCUAGUGACCUGGCUGCCUUUCUAGGGGGGCGACACUCUUACACUCACAUCCUCUCCAUGCGCCGGAUCUAUAGAGGAAAUGUCCAUCCGUUGCUUUGGGGACGUUGUGCUUAUCUGUGGUUGAUGAUGAUGGUGGUGGUGGCUGCUGAUGGUGAAACACCCAUGUAGGACUGUGGAAGCGUUUUUCUCUUUUUAUUUAUUGAUUUAUUUUUGUGUUUUAUUUGCCAAAUGUUACCAAACAGGCAGCGGCGCGCAGCCCAAAUCGGACCUCAGCUUUACUAUCGCUUCAAAUCAAAAAAUAGAAAAAUAAUGAAAAUAACAGCUCGAGCCCUCGUUGUGCAAAAGAAAUCUCAGGAACGGCUCUGGGCCACCUAGUGCUAACGUUGUAAUCGGCCAGGGUAAAGCCUGGCAGGCCACGGGCUCCUCUAAAAAUAUGGCAGUGUGUGAGGUGAGAACAAAACAGCAGACAAAAAAAAAAAAAAAACGCACUGGCGAUGAAUCCAAGAUAGAUGUCCACGUGUGAAGCAUAUGG